AUGGCUGAGCAGGACCCAGGCACGGGCUGCCCACGGGGGAAGAAGGAGCUGCCAGCCUUCACGUGGCAGGUGAGGGCCAACGACCGACGGUACCACGCACAGUCCAAGAAGAAAUUUGCCUUCUGCCUGAGCAGGAAGAAGUACAGGGGCAAUGCCAUCAAAACAGCCAAGUACAACCUGCUCACCUUCCUGCCCCUGAACCUCUACGAGCAGUUCCACAGGAUGGCCAACGUCUACUUCGUCUUCGUCAUCCUCCUGCAGACCUUCCCCGAGAUCUCCACGGUGCCCUGGUACACUCUGCUGCUCCCCCUGAGCUGCCUCCUCGUCAUCCGGGGCCUGCGGGACCUGAUCGAUGACAUCGGCCGUCACCAAAGCGACAGGAGCAUCAACAGCAGGCCCUGUGAAAUCCUCUGUGGGAAGAGGUUCCAGCGGCAGAAGUGGUGCCACAUCCGCGUCGGGGACAUCGUCCGGCUGCGCAAGGACAGCGUGGUCCCGGCUGACGUGCUCCUGCUGUGCAGCUCCGAGCCCAGCAGCCUGUGCUACGUGGAGACGGCGGACAUCGACGGGGAAACAAACCUGAAGUUCAGGCAAGCCCUUCUGGUCACCCACCAGGAGCUGGGCAGCGAGGAGAGCAUGGCUGCCUUCGAUGGGAGGGUGACCUGUGAGGAGCCCAACAGCCGCAUGCACAGCUUCACGGGCACCCUGGAGUGGAGGGGACAGACCCACUCCCUGGACAGCGAGAGGAUCCUGCUGAGGGGCUGCAGGAUCCGCAACACCGACGUCUGCUACGGGCUGGUGAUCUACGCUGGAUUUGAUUCCAAAAUCAUGAGGAACUGCGGGAAGAUCAAGCGGAAGAAAACCAAACUGGACCGCAUGAUGGACCGGCUGGUGGUGGUGAUCUUCCUGCUGCUGUUGGUCACAUCCCUCGGCCUCGCCGUUGCCUCUGGGUUCUGGGCCCGGACGUUCCAGGAGAAGCACAGCUACCUGGCUGCUGUCUACAGGAACACCAGCCCUGCCCAGCAGGCCUUCCUCACCUUCUGGGGCUUCACCAUCCUCCUGAGCGUCAUCAUUCCCAUGUCCAUGUACAUCACGCUGGAAUUCAUCUACCUGGUGAACAGCUUCUUUAUCAACUGGGACCUGGAGAUGUAUUAUGCUGUGAAGGACAUCCCAGCCAAGGCCAGGAGCACCAGCCUCAACGACCAGCUGGGCCAGAUCGAGUACAUCUUCUCAGACAAGACCGGCACCCUGACACAGAACAUCAUGACCUUCAAGAAGUGCUGUGUCAACGGCACCAUCUACGGUCCAGGCACAGGCCAUGAGAACAAACAGCCACCAGGGUCGGGGUCGGCCUGGGACCACCACGGGGAGCAGAAGGUGGACGUGAUGCUGUUGGAAGCCGCCCAGAGGGACAGUGACCCCGUGCUGAGGGAGUUCCUGAGGCUGCUGGCCCUGUGCCACACGGUCAUGGUGGAGGAGAGGGGCGGCCAGCUGGUUUACCAGGCAGCCUCCCCGGAUGAGGAAGCCCUGGUGUUGGCAGCCAGGAGCUUGGGGUAUGUGUUUCUGGCCCGAACACAGGACACCAUCACCAUCAGUGAGCUGGGGAGGACGAGGACCUACCAAGUGCUGGCCAUGCUGGACUUCAACAGCGACCGCAAGAGGAUGUCUGUCCUGGUGCGAGACCCCCAGGGCAGCAUCCGGCUCUACACCAAGGGAGCCGACACCGUCGUCCUGGAGCGGCUGCGGAGACGGGGCCGCAGCGAGGCCUUCACCGAGAGGGCCCUGGAUCUCUUUGCAGAGGAGACCCUGAGGACACUGUGCCUGGCCAGCAAGGAGGUGAGCGAGGCCGAGUACCAGGAGUGGGGCAGGAGGCACCACGAGGCCGCUGUGCUGCUGCAGGGCCGUGCCCAGGAGCUGGACAGGCUGUACGAGGAGAUGGAGCAGAACCUGCAGCUGCUCGGGGCCACGGCCAUCGAGGACAAGCUGCAGGAUGGAGUCCCUGAGACCAUCCAGCUGCUGAAACUGGGCAACAUCAAAGUGUGGGUGCUGACAGGAGACAAACGAGAGACUGCCACGAACAUCGGCUACGCCUGCAGACUGCUGACGGACGACACCGAGAUCCUGGAGGAGAAGGAGAUCAGUGAGAUCCUCCAGGCUUACUGGGCGAGCAACAACAACCUCAGUGGCAGUGGGGAAGGCCCAGGCAGCAGCCCCCUGUCCCAGCAGUGCCCAGAGGCUUCGUGCCACAGGAGGAGAGCCAUCAUCAUCAGCGGGGACUUCCUGGACAAAAUCCUGCACAAGGGAGAGGUGCUGAAGGAGAAGAAGGGGUGGCCAUGGCGGUGGCUGCCCCGUGGCAGGACUGGGGGCUCCCAGGAGCAGGAGAGCCUGGUGGAGAAGGCCUUUGUGGACUUGGCCACCAGCUGCCAGGCAGUGAUCUGCUGCAGGGUGACCCCCAAGCAGAAGGCCCUCAUUGUUCAGCUGGUGAAGAAGCACAAGAAGGCCGUCACCCUGGCCAUUGGGGACGGGGCCAACGACGUCAACAUGAUCAAAAGUGAGUGCAUUUCCCCCCCACCAACUGCAGACAUCGGGGACGUGAGUGCCAAGAAGAGCCUGGAGUUCCCUGAGCUCUACGUGACUGGGCAGCAGGACGAGCUCUUCAACUACCGUGUCUUCGGGGUCACCCUCCUGCACGGGGUUGGCACUUCACUCACCAGCUUCUACAUCGCCCUCUGGGCCUUCGAGGACCACGUUGGCAGCAAAGCUGUCGGGGACUACGAGUCCUUCUCCGUCACCGUGGCCGUGUCGGCGCUGCUCUCGGUCCUCGUGGAGAUCGUCCUGGACACCAAGUUCUGGACAGUCUUGUCCUUCCUGAUGGUCACAGCCAGCCUGCUGUUCUUCUGCCUCUUCUCCUUCCUGACCCAAAGUAUUGAUGCCUUCAGGAUAGCCCCUGCCAUCUUCUGCUUCCCAGAUGCCAGCUGGAAUGCCUUCACUGACCCCUACGUCCUGCUGGUGGUCCUGCUGUCCCUGGUGGUGAACACCCUCCCCUCACUCACCGUCCACGCGUUCUGUGCCACCCUGGGCAAAGCCACCACCCAGCAGCUCUACCCCUCCACUGUGGGAGCCACCAGGGUGGCUGUGACCGAGGUCAAGGUCGGUUGGGGGAUCAGGGUGCGCCUCUCUCUCCAAAAACCCUCGUGGGCAGGUGAAGAGAAGGUUCUGUGA